GUUUAAGGAUUGAUUUCUGUGAUAAAAUUUUAUGAUUUGUGUGACUUAACCAAAAUUGGGUUUUGUUUACUUUUUCUCAUUUCCAUUUUUCCACACCCAUAUCUAAAUAUAUCAUUUAUCAAAUAAUUCAUUACUAUGAACGAAUUAAAUUUGGUUUGCCCAGAAUUUCAGCCAAAAAUGCAUAAAAAAUUACUAAAACAUAUCCUACGGGAAAUUCCCAGAAAUGACGGAUCAUCUGAUGCUAACAGGGUGGUCAUUGCUCAUUUCGCCGUAUUAGGAUUAGGAAUAUUAGGAGAGCUUGAAAGUUUAUCGGAAGGAGAAAAGGAAAAAUUAAUAAAUUGGAUUUAUUCGUUACAAGUGGUAGACGAUGAAGAAUUAGUGAGUGGUUUUCAAGGCAGUUCAAUUAUGAACACUAAAGAAAAUAAAAAUAAAAAUUCUCCAUAUAAAUGGGGACAUAUAACAAAUACAUAUUCUUCAUUAGCCAUUUUAUUAUUAUUAGGUGACAACCUAUCGAAAGUAGAUAAAAAAGCAAUACUUUUGAGUUUGAGAGCUUUACAGAAUGAUGAUGGUUCAUUUACUGCCACUCGUCUAGGAGGAACUGAGAGUGAUAUGAGAUUUGUGUUCUGCGCUGCAUCCAUUUGUUAUAUAUUGAAUGAUUGGUCUGGAAUCGAUAUGAAAAAAAUGAUAGAAUACAUACAUAACUGUGUAUCCUAUGAACAAGCUUUCGGACAAGUACCAGAUUCUGAGAGCCAUUCAGGAUCAACAUUUUGUGCUCUAGCUUCCCUUUUUCUGAGCGAUAAUAUGGAUAAACUUUCCGACUUUCAGAAACAUGGACUCUUGAGGUGGCUUGUCAAUAAGGUUGACUUUGGUUUCAGUGGUAGGACAAAUAAACCAGUAGACACAUGUUACUCCUUCUGGACAGGAGGCUCGCUUCAUCUCCUUGGAGCGUACAAACUGAUAGCUCCUUACGAGCGGCAAAGGCACAAAUUGAUGUUUGCACAACAUAGAAAUGGAGGGCUGUCUAAAUACGAGUACUAUCCACCAGAUCCCCUUCAUACAUCUUUAGGUCUAGCAGGUUUAAGUAUGAUGAAAAUCGAUCCCUUGGAAGAAGUGUAUGUACCAUUGGUUAUCACAAAUAAAGCUUAUGAACAUUUGAAAAAUUUGCAUGCCCAGUGGAGCCAGUCUAAAUAGUUUUUGUGGAUGGUAGGGGGCGAACAAGUCAAAAGACAUUUCAGAAAAGCAAUUUUAUAGAGGUUGAAUUCAUCUGCCAUCAAUAUUAGAAUUUUUUAUUCCAUGACAAGUAAGAUAUUAGAAAUUAUUCUCAUUAUCCAUUUCGUGAUAGCAUUUUGGUUUUUUGAAAAAGGUUUUUGGGUUAAUGUUCCCAAAUGAAAUUCAUAUCGUCAAGAUAUUUUUUCUACAAUUCUAGUGGAAGAUAAGACAGAUUUCUCCAUAAUUUUUGAUUUUAGUGAGUUUAAAUUAAUCAAUUUCUCAAAAUAAAGUAUUCAUGCUUUUAUGAGCAUCUAGAGAAAAAGUAACAAAUUUACUUCUGAUAUAUUGGAUAUUGAAAUGGACCUCAAAACUGGCUUGUUUCCCAUUCUUGGAAAAACAAAUUUGUUUUAUUCUCAAAAGUUCUAAAUCAAUUUAUUACUACAUGCAUACGUUGACUUAAACUACGAAUACAUAUUUACACAGAGUUUUCCACACAAAGUUUCAUCUACAACAAAAUACACAAAUUUUCAGAAAAAAUCUCAUGUGGUACUCUAGAUACUUCUAGUGGACACUUUAAAUGGAAUACCCUGUAUAUGAUUUUUUCCAGAAGAAUUAUGGAUGGUGUUGUGUUGCAGAAGUACUCAUGUACAUAUUUCAGAAGUAAUCAGAAGUUGAUAGGGUAAAAAAUUUUACCAAUCAAAACAUAAUUUUCUCCUUUUAUGCACAGCAAUCUUAAAGGAGGUUUAUGCCAGCAUAGAAUCCGCAAGAACCGAGGUUCCUAAAAAAUUUUUUUUGGGAAUAUUUUGUUGAUCUGUCAAAAAAAGACAAAGAUUCACACAAGCACAAAUAAUGUAAUGUGCAAGUAAUGAUAUUUAUUUAUAUACUUCUAUCAAUUUUAUGAAUGUGAUUAGAAUUGUACAGUAAAAGUGCUAUAUAGAUUUUUUAUCAACUGGAUACAUGGAUGUAAUUUUUGCUUUAAGCUCUAUAUUUUAUAAAAUGUUAUCAGUA